AGGAGCUGGGGGGGCGGCGAUGGAGCGGAGCCGGCGGGCGGCGGCCUGAAGCCCCCGCCGGCAGCGGCAGCGGAGCCCCGAGCCCGAGCCCACCCUGAGGAAUGAGCGCUUUCCAGGCAGACCUCCUCCUCCUCCUGCUCGGCUGCCUCCUGCUCAGCCACGAACUGGGGCUCCCAGGAAGAGGAUGCUGCCUAGUACUGGGGUUCAUGUACAAGGAGAAGUACCGCAGGAUGACUGAAGGCCAGGCGUCCUCGUUCACGCAGCAGCCCCAGGACCAGGUGGUGAUCGCGGGGCAGCCGGUGACGCUGCUCUGCGCCAUCCCCGAGUACAAUGGCAUCGUGCUCUGGAUCAAGGACGGGCUGGCCCUUGGAGUCGGACGGGAUCUCUCAAGUUAUCCGCGCUAUCUGGUCGUAGGAGACCAUCUGUCAGGUCAGCACCAUUUGAAAAUCCUGCGAGCUGACCUCCAGGAUGACGCCGUGUACGAGUGCCAGGCCAUCCAAGCAGCCAUCCGAUCCAGACCUGCCCGGCUGACUGUCCUCGUUCCUCCAGAUGAUCCUGUCAUUAUGGGGGGGCCCAUCAUCAGCCUGAGAGCAGGAGACCCCCUGAACCUGACCUGCCAUGCAGACAACGCCAAGCCAGCAGCCUCCAUCAUCUGGAUGAGGAGGGGAGAAGUCAUCAAUGGAGCCACCUAUUCCAAGACACUCCUCCGUGACGGCAAGAGGGAGAGCAUCAUGAGCACCUUGUUCAUCGCCCCCUCCGACAUUGAGAACGGGGAGAGCAUCGUGUGCCGUGCCACCAACAAAGCCAUUCCCAGCGGGAAGGAGACUUCUGUCACCAUUGACAUCCAGCACCCUCCCCUGGUGAACCUGUCCGUGGAGCCACAGCCGGUGCUAGAGGACAACACUGUGAAGUUCCACUGCUCUGCCAAGGCCAACCCUGCUGUCACCCAGUACAGGUGGGCCAAAAAAGGCCAGGUUAUAAAGGAAGCCUCUGGUGACUUCUACGAAACCAUCGUGGACCACACGUUCUUCUUUGAGCCCGUCUCCUGCGAGGUCACCAAUGCCCUGGGCAGCACAAACAUCAGCAGGACCGUGGAUGUUUACUUUGGGCCCAGGAUGGCGACAGAACCUCAGUCCCUCCUGGUUGACCUGGGCUCGGACGCCGUGUUCAACUGUGCCUGGACUGGGAACCCCUCUCUCACCAUCGUCUGGAUGAAGCGAGGCUCAGGCGUGGUCCUGAGCAAUGAGAACAAGCUGAUUCUGAAGUCAGUCCGCCAGGAGGACGCCGGGAAAUACGUGUGUCGAGCCGUGGUGCCGCGGGUGGGCGCGGGGGAGCGGGAGGUGACGCUCACCGUCAACGGGCCCCCCAUUAUCUCCAGCACCCAGACCCAGCACGCCCUGCACGGCCAGAAGGGGCAGAUCAAGUGUUUCAUCCGCAGCACUCCUCCGCCAGACAGAAUUGCCUGGUCCUGGAAGGAGAACGUCCUGGAAUCCGGGACCUCCGGGCGCUACACGGUGGAGACGGUGAGCACGGAUGAGGGGGUCAUCUCCACACUGACCAUCAGCAACAUUGUGAGGGCUGAUUUCCAAACCAUCUACAACUGCACCGCCUGGAACAGCUUCGGCUCCGACACGGAGAUCAUCCGGCUCAAGGAGCAAGGUACGGAAAUGAAAUCAGGAGCUGGUAUUCAAGCAGAGUCGGUGCCGAUGGCGGUGAUCAUCGGGGUGGCCGUGGGGGCCGGUGUGGCGUUCCUGGUGCUGAUGGCCACCAUCGUCGCCUUCUGCUGCGCCCGCUCCCAGAGGAAUCUCAAGGGUGUGGUUUCUGCCAAGAACGAUAUCCGUGUGGAGAUCGUGCACAAGGAGCCGGCCUCGGGCAGGGAGGCAGAGGAGCACCCGACCAUCAAGCAGCUGAUGAUGGACCGGGGGGAGUUCCAGCAGGAUUCGGUGCUGAAGCAGCUCGAGGUGCUCAAGGAGGAGGAGAAGGAGUUUCAAAACCUGAAGGACCCCACCAAUGGCUACUACAGCGUGAACACCUUCAAGGAGCACCACUCCACCCCCACCAUCUCGCUGUCGGGCUGCCCGGCUGACCUGCGCCCGGCCGGCAAGCAGCGGGUGCCCACGGGCAUGUCCUUCACCAACAUCUACAGCACCCUGAGCGGGCAGAGCCGCCUCUACGACUACAGCCAGCGCUUCGUGCUGGGCAUGGGCAGCAGCUCCAUCGAGCUGUGCGAGCGCGAGUUCCAGCGCGGCUCCAUGAGCGACAGCAGCUCCUUCCUCGACACCCAGUGCGACAGCAGCAUCAGCAGCAGCGGCAAGCAGGACGGCUACGUGCAGUUCGACAAGGCCAGCAAGGCCUCUGCAUCCUCCUCCCACCAUUCCCAGUCGUCUUCCCAAAACUCAGACCCCAGCCGGCCCCUGCAGAGGCGGAUGCAGACGCACGUUUGAGCCCUCCGGGGACGCUCGGGACCCUCCGCGUGGGCGCCGUGGCUCCGUGCUCGGACAGUGGCGCCCGACGGCAGCGGAGGUGGGGAGAGGCCGGAUCCAGCCCCCCCAGAGCGGGGCUGUGGGGCAGGGGACCGGCCGAGCAUCCCCCCCUCCCUGGUACAUGCUAAGCACAACCCCGCUGAGGACGCGCUGGGCCCCGGGGAGCCGCUCCCUCGGCGGUGCCCCACAGCCGCUCGCCUCCGCUUCCCGCUGCCCUCUCCCAGCCGCCUCCUCCCCUUCCUUCGUGCUGUUCCGUGUCCAUUCUUAUAGAGUCCGUUUCGGGGGGUCGGGGGGUCCCGCCGUGUGGGACAGGAGGGGGGGACAGCGGUGGGACAGGGACCCCCCGGGAAGGGCCUCUCCACGCUGUAUCGCGGCACCGCGGUCAAUACAAGAGGUGUUUCUCGUGGCA